GACAAAAAAAGAAAAGAAAAGAAAGAAGAAGAAAAAAAGAAAUUUGCAACCUUUGCCAAAUACUUUUCUAAGCGGAUAUGCACACCUACCUACUUCCACAACAGCUAACGCAAUUAUUUCUUUCCAUGACUCAAGAUCGAAUAUGAUAUUUUUCGUAUUGAAUUUCUCAACACCCCCGAUUUGCCAGAUAGCAAAAAAAAAAAAGAAAAAUGUAUAAUUUGAUGCUACAUCAGCGUCAGCAAACUCAUGAAUAAAUGAGCCGUUGGACUCGCUCGUCUGAUCAGUUUCGUACGAAAUACCGAACGAUUAUCAAAGAAUCAUGAAGACACAGUUUGGAAUAUUGAUUUCAAUCGUUAAGUUAUGCUUAACUAUUGCCGACAUUGUCGUUCAACCAGAAUAUACUCGACCCUAUGCACAAUAUCAACCAGUUCAAAGACAAUUUUUAUUGAUGCCCCAUCAAUAUCGAACAUCAGAAUUUUCUUAUGGACAAUCUGGAUUUACUCCUAUAUACAUGAAUGGACCUCAAGUCAGCAAUCCUUUGGUGGGUUCUUCUCAAGACAAUUACGUUCUAGCACGAUACUCGUAUCCAAAACAACUACACGCAGUGAAAAUAGGUGGUCAUUCAGUUGUUCAUCCGUCCUAUUUAAUUCGCAAACACACAAUUCCUUCGUUCAUCGACGAUUUAAAAAAUCCGUCGACAAUGAAAUUAAAAACGAUUCUGGGAAGACCGGGGAAAGCAUUGCUGUUCAAUCGGACUCGUCCCUAAACGACCAAACUAUGUCAAACUUUGAUGAAUCUCCUACUGCAAACAUUAAAAAAAUUGAAGAUAAAACAAACCAAGCAAAUCAAAUUCAUAAAGAAUCAAUUACUUCAGGAACUUUAUUUAAUCUAAAUGCAGACAAAUUAAAUCCUGUCCACCAAAUCUCUCCUAACGUUCAGGAAAAUCAUAAUUUAGAAAAUCCUCAGGAAUCCCUAAUCAAAUUGAAUUUACCGAAUAUACAAAACAUCGUCACUGAUAACGAAUCAUCGAAAUUAGAAAAUUUGAUGGAUAAACCAAAUUUACGAAAUUUUCCUGAUCCUAGACCCUUUACAGCAGUAUUAACUACGAUGUCAAAACCAACGCAAUCCAAUUUUCAAAAGGAAAAACUAAAACAGAAUGAAGAACGUGAUGCUAUUAUUGGCUCGGCACAAACGAAGAACUCUGAUUUAUUAAUAAAAGACCACUUUCAACAAAACUAUCCUACAUGGUCAUCGAUCAGUAAUUACUAUCAAUCUCCAUUAUACAGUAAUUUAGUUUUCCCUGCUACUGAAUAUCAACCUGGCGUUUAUAUGGUGUCUAAUAUUAUGGAUGGUUGUAACAACGAACCAGUGAAAACGAAUGUCGAUCAACAAUCCUGGAGUCAGCAACAGAUCUAUCAAGAUGGUACGAAUCAGGCAACAGGUACAAUAUCAAAUAAUGGAUAUACGUAUUGGCCUCAAUAUCAACAAAAUUAUUUAACGAGUUAUAUAUUAAGAUAUCCAACUGUACCUUAUUAUUACGCAUCAUCGGUAUAUCCAAAUACUUACUUACAAUUCUAUUAAAAUAGUAGAAGUAGAACAAAA